AUGCACCAGGACCCGAAGGAAAGUUCCUCUGGGGAGGAGGUUCCCACAGAUCAUUACAUGAUCCUCAAUACCCUUGGUAUAGGCAGCUUUGCUGAAGUGAAACUUGCCUGUCACCUCCGUACAGAGGUGCAGGUUGCUCUGAAGAUUAUAGAAAAGGACAAAAAGAAAGCUGCCUUGAUUACAAAUGAGGUAGAUAUCAUGAAAUUAUUGAAUCAUCCUAAUAUAAUUAAGCUGUUCCAUGUCAUGGAAACUACUCAGCAUAUCUAUAUGGUUAUGGAACUGGCCUCUGGGGGUGACCUGGCCAGUCGUAUAGUGGAGGUAGGCUCCAUGCAGGAAGAGGAGGCCCAACACAUCUUCACACAGAUAGUAUGUGCAGUUAAGUACUGCCACGAGAAUAAUAUUGCACACAGGGACAUCAAACCAGAUAACAUACUGUUAGAUAGCAAAGGAAGCAUCAAGCUGUGUGACUUUGGUCUGGCUACCAAAGUAACUGUGGGGCAGAAAUUAAAGGUUUUCUGUGGUACCCUUCCAUACUGUGCUCCAGAGCUUUUCAAUGGCCAAGAAUAUGAUCCCAAGACACCUGAUAUCUGGAGCAUGGGAGUAGUACUAUAUAUCAUGGUGACAGGGUACCUCCCAUUCAAAGCAACAACAUAUAAAGACAUGAAGGUGGAGAUGAAAGAUCCACAUUACUACAUUCCAUCAAAGCUUCCAGAAUACAUUGUCAACCUCAUUGUGAAGAUAUUCACUAUUGACUCUGAGCAGAGACCCAAGAUACAUGACAUUAUGAAACAUCUGUGGCUCAAGGACAGUGAAGUACUUUUAAAACUAUCAUCUUCCUUGGAGAUACUCCCUAGAAAACCAAACCUCAAUAUUGUGUCAGCCAUGCAGGUCAUGGGCUACAGUCCCAAAGACAUUAGAGACUCUUUACAUGAAAAAAAAUUUAAUAACAUCAUGGCAACUUAUUUAAUAUUAAAACACCAGUCAUUCUUGAGAAGCAACAUACAUCAACAAAUUAAACCUAUGCAGUUUGAUGUUGCCAGUACACCUUCAUGUCUUCCCAUGGCUCGCUUCUCCCCAAAUGGCACAGGGAGUGAUCCUGCUCUGCCCUCUAACACCUCUCUAUCAAAACACAAGCUUCAUGACAAAGACAAAAUUGCACUGUUCAUCUCAUGA